UUGGAGAAUUGUGCUAAUUGAAUGAUCCGGGCAAUGUAGCUCUUGUUUGUAGAGAAGCCAGGAUUUUGGACACUUUGACCAAAGUGGAUUGAAGCAGGUGACGCGAGAUACAAUUUUGCCAAUUUAAGUGAGCCAUCACAUUCAAAAAGUUGACCACAGAGAUGUUUGAGCGAUAUAUGCCCGUCUGGCCCAAAUCUUCACAUCUUCAAGAGGAUUUAAACAUUGCUCUUCUUAAAUAAACACAUCCUCGCCGCCCAAAAAAGUCACCAAAUAUGGGAGCCCUGCAGAUAUUUCUCGUUUCUCUUCUGCUCCACCAGGCCGCAUGCAGCAAAGUACGCGGGGGAGCCACGGAGUUGAUGGAGUGGGGGGACAGCACACACAAACUCUCGAAUCCCAUGGGCGCCAGUCCUCGGAUCCUCAACCCCUUGCGUUUGUUCGCCAGGGCCUCCCCUGGGUUCAAGAGCGACAUAAGGGAAAUGUCCUACAUCCAGAACAUGGAGGACUUCUGGGACUGGUUAUCUAACCAGACAGAUGUUCAGGAUCCGCAAGCCAGAACUAAACGGAGGCCCAUUGUCAAGACCGGCAAGUUCAAAAAGAUGUUCGGGUGGGGUGACUUCCACUCCAACAUCAAAACGGUCAAGCUCAACCUGCUGAUCACGGGCAAGAUCGUGGACCACGGCAACGGCACCUUCAGCGUGUACUUCCGCCACAACUCCACGGGCCUGGGCAAUGUGUCGGUGAGCCUGGUGCCACCCUCCAAGGUGGUGGAGUUCGAGGUAGCCCAGCAGUCCACGUUGGAGACCAAAGACACCAAGUCCUUCAACUGCCGCAUUGAGUAUGAGAAGACGGACCGCAACAAGAAAACGGCUCUGUGCAGCUUCGACCCGUCCAAGGUUUGCUAUCAGGAGCAGACACAGAGUCACGUAUCCUGGCUCUGUUCCAAGCCCUUCAAGGUCAUAUGCAUCUAUAUCGCCUUCUACAGCGUAGACUAUAAACUUGUGCAGAAGGUCUGCCCUGACUACAACUACCACAGUGACACGCCGUAUUCCUCCACGGGAUAGUGUGUGUAUGGGUGAAUGUGUGUGGGUGUGCAUCUUUUGUUUGACCUUCAAAUCAUGCUUUUGUCAGCCUCUAAGGCAGAGGUGUCCAAACAUUUUCCUCUGAGGGCCGCGCACACAAAUACGCAAGGGCGUAGCCACACCUGUGAAAAUCUUCAACUUUGAUUUAUCAAACAUGCUAAAACCAAUCUAUCAGGCAAUUAAAUACCUAUUUUUUAAAAACUUCUACACUUCAGCUUUCUGUUGAAAACCCUGUAAAUUCAAAGAUUUGUAGGACAGAAAUGGCGCAGAGUCCCUCCACGACUACUAUAUCAGAAUUUGAAUACCGUUGUUCGCAUCAGUGGUUAUCAAUUGCAAGUUAGUGUCGUCAGAAAACAUGUGAACCCUGAAUAGACAAGAGACCAUGACAAGACCGUUGAGAGGUGAGGGAUACAAUUUAAUAAAACUUGCAUGGAAGGAGACAGUUCCACUGCAAGCAGGCUAAUAGAUGAAAAGACGUCCCUAACUAUUUUUUAUUCAGUACAGUCGAACACUAUCCAGUUAGAUAGCUAGCUAUGCUUCCACCCUGAAAAUUCAUCUACAACAAUUUACAGACUAGCAUAGUGUUAUAAGCAAAAUUCCUUCCUGAAGAAGAGUAGCCACCAGCCGAGAGAAGCCAUGGAAGCUUGUUAGCUAGUAAGUGGUGAACGCUUCUUGUUACUAUGUUACAAUUUAAAAAAAAUUUUUAUUUUAAUUGAUAAUUGGAUGGCGGACAAUAGUUUGGACACCCCUGCUCUGAGCUCUUCAUCCUCCUCUACACUCCUAAAGAGGUGCAACUACAAAAACUCGUAUGAAUUGUUCAGACAACUCAACAUGCUCUCAUGUGAAUUGAAGCCCCUAUUUUCACCAUCCAUCCAUUUUCUGUAGAAUACAGUGUUUAUCAUAAGUCAUUAAGAGCAUUUCAUUUUUAUGGCAUUUUUCACAGAAAUCACUCACAAAGUGAUAUCAUCGUUACAAACAGGAAUACAGAAUAAAAACAAAUAAUUUAGAUUUCUGGUAUUCGAUUCCUCACUCGGCUGCGGGUGAACCGCCUAUCCCAGCUAAAUUUGGGUAAGAGGCAGGGUAAAGCAUGAACUGGCUGCCUUCCUCGUCUCAAAGCAAUUUUAUUUAUUAUUUUUUUUCGAGGGGAGGAGUGGUAUGUAAAAAUGACAGCUUUUAUACCGUAACAUUUGACAGCAAGCUUUUAUUGGGGUACAAUUCAGUAGUCUAGGGUGGAGCUGAACCAUUGGUGAGCCAUGCAUUUGAUACCUUCACUGGGCACUACUGCCACUACCACGAUGCGUUUUUAGUAAGCAUCAUUAAAGAAAAAAAACCCCACACAGAAUAUAUUAGCACACAUCUGUUGCCAGUUAAAUCAUCUGCAACAGUUCAGAAGCGAUAUUUGAUAACAUGUCAAAAACAUUUUAAGUUUAAACCACUCACCAGAGAUGCCGAUCACUAAAUGUCUUUGUCCAGAUUGCAAUCAAUGUGUUUUAUUUGCCAAAGUUGUUCUUUCAACGCAUUUACGGGUAUCGGUAUGAACAUUCAUUAACAUUUGACAUAGCAUACCAUUUCGACUGCUUUCAUGCAUCUUGGUUUUCACUUCACUUCAUCUGACGCUGACGGCAGUGCUAUAAAGCAACUGGCAAGAGCGUCUGGCUCUCACGGUCGUUAGUUUGCACGCAUUCAGUGUCUCUGUGAAAAAAGACAAAACCUUUCGUACUUUUGAUUUUUUUAAAAACUGUUUUCCCCUCGCCUUCUCCUAUUCUCCACUCCAAUAGGGUAACUGAGAGGAAUUUGCGUGAGAAGGGCACUUUGUAAAGCGCAGCUAAUUGGGACGUUGUCCAGAUGUUACGUUAAAGGCGAGGCCACAGGCGGGUUGGGCCACAUUUCCAACAUUGUCAAACUACACUUCGGGAAUGAAACGUGUAACAUUUAUCACGAGGUCUUAUUAUUUUAGAUUCGUAUUAGUUCGAGACAGCUGUUUAGCACAAAAGAGUUGUGAAUAAUAGACUCACCCUUGACAGCCAAUGGGCUAUCCUUCUCUCUUAUCAAGGCGUUUAUUGAUGGUCUCAGGCUAAUAUUAAGCGCGACUCACAAUAAGCGUCCAGAGGAAUCAUUAAUCAUUAGCAUAUGCCUGCUUGCUAAAUGUGUAGUUGCGCGCUCAUCCUUCACCGUCAUCAUCAUUACGGUGCACUACAGGCAGUCUGUUUGCUGGAUGAACGUGAAGGCAUCGUGCUGCAUUGAAGUGUGAGUGUGACACACAAUUAUCAACGCUUGACACGUUCUCAGAACAGGCUUCCUAUCAUUAACUUUAAAUGUGUGGGCGAAAAAAUAUGAAGGUGGCGAGGAGGGUGUCACUAUGGACAUUUAAUAAGGAAAUACACGCACACACAAGGCUGUACAGUAGAUCGACUUGACACUUUUUUUGUAUCAAACCUUGUCUUAUCGUGAAGUGUGUCAUGUGCUUAGACUGUUAAAAGACAGUUGAAGGCCACAUGUACAAUUUUGUUUUGUCUGUAUAUCAUGUCUUUUUUCCCCCUCCAUCAGGCAUACAGUAAAAAGAUCAAAUGCAGGAAGGGACUUGUAUCAUAUGAAAAUAACUCAUUUGGAGUUGGUCUUUUGAGUUCCUCCUCCUUCUGUGUACAUUCUGUGUAUUAAAGUGUUGAAAAAUGAAACCCUACAGAUUCAGACUUGAAAUCACUGGUUUCAAAGAGAAAUCCUGUACACAUCUAAGUGGACUGACUGUUCCUCUGAAUUCUGGUGUUUGUAGAUAAAUGUCCAAUGUACUUACCGUAUUUGACUUCCUGAUUGCUUUUUUUCUUUUUGGACAGUCUAAAAACCUUAAUGCAAGUGUAAAAAUCUUAAAGUAGAAGUCAGAACAUUUUUGUUGUUGAUGUUCUGUGCCCCCCCCCCCCCCCCCAGUCGAAGCAUGGUGUUCUGAUUUAUAUGGCGUUUGUGGAAUAUGAUUUAAGCAUUAAAAAAAUAUACUCGUUUUUAUUCAUCUCAUGGGGUGGCCAUCUUCCUUUGAACUUCUACUUGCUAUCGACUAAAAAUGACAUCAGAGAGCCUUAGGCAGGGGUGUCAAACAUGCGGCGCGCAAAGAGGUUUGAUCAGGCCCGCAGGAUAAUUUAAAAGUGACAAAAUGCACAAAAGACACAGAAUGAAUAUUUUCAAUAAGGUGCAAUUCAUGAAGCAUCCACUAAGGGGACACACUGUUUUGAUCAGAGUAAAAGACAACAUUGUUUUGAUCAGAGAAGAAGACAACAGCAGCCUCAGUCUGUCACUGAGAAAGACCCAACACAGCAGACGCGAUCAAGGACAUGUAAAUACUUUAUUCUUUAGUUUGUAAGGUGUAGGCAGGGAUUACAUUUAGAGUUUAUAUGCUAAGGAGCUUCAUGACAUAUUUUGUAAAAGAUCUGGUUAUUAAAUUUAAACAUUUUCCUUAUGUUCUUGUGCUUCUUUAGACCAAAACAAAGGAAUUUAUUUAUUUUUUUUGGUUAUUCAUAGCAGAAUAUGGUAAAUUUUAAUGGUCCGGCUCACUUUACAUCUACCGAGGCCGUAUGUGGGCCACAAUGUGAAAUGAGUUUGACACCCCUGGCCUAAGGGCUUAGAUAAUGACCAUCACAGCUCACCUGUUUUCUGAUUUGGACAAGAUUUGCCUGCAGCAUCAGCCCUUGGCGAGUGGCAGUAAAAGGCAAAAUGGCACCUGAGAUGGAUAAAAACAGGUGGAUUUUUCUGAUCAAUUCGUAUUCCACAAAUGCAAUAUUAAUCAGAAUACCUUCUUUAGACUAGUGCAGUGUAUAGAAGAUAUUAUUGUAGGGAUUUUUUUUAAACUUUACCUCAUGUAGCUUAAUGUCAGAAAAAUAUGUUCAACCGUCACCAAAAUAAAUUAUUUUAUCUGUACUUAUGCCCAUAUCAAACUCUGCAAAAAUUAGAUCGAUCGCAUCGAUAUUUUAGAUUUUCUGGGCGUUAAGCGUUUUCUUCAUGAAGCAACAUUUAAGUUUAUUUUGUGAGUGCCUAUCAAGUGGGAAAAGGCUUAACAUCCAUAAAAUCCAAAAUAUUUAGGCAAUCAUUUUCAUAUUUUCAAAGGUUGAAGUAGGCAUGAAUAGAGAACUGCGCAUGAAUUAGGGUGACGAUUGAUCACUGUUUUCGACAUGAUGCAUUUUUACAUUUAAGCAUUUUAGACUGUCCCCUAUUUUCUUUUUAAAUUUGUUCCAAAGGAGCCCUGUGCUGUGUAUACUGGAAGUACAAACGUUAAUUUUUGGUGGAGGCGGGGGCAGGGGGUUACUUUAAUAGCCAAUGGUUCCAUUGUCUACUUAUGGCAUUAAAGUUGAUUUAAACUUCA